AUGAAUGCAGCAUUUGUAAAUAGUCCUUUGUUGUCUUCUUUUGUGCCUCGUCAUUUGAGGUUUCGUGCUAAGUUUAUGAGAAAGUCAUUUUAUUCUAGGCUGGAGUUGUAUAGGAAGAUUUAUGCGUUAAAGAGUGAAGACUUUAGGGUUAGUAAUAAAGAAUAUACUACGGUGUUUAAGCCUAGGCGUAUUAAGUAUCAUUAUCAGUAUUCUAGGGCUCCGCACCACAACUCUUUGAAGCUUAAAUAUUUUUAUCCUGGUUUACUUCCUCCUAAAUUUUCUUUGCAUAAAGAGAAUGGUUUGAAAAGUUUUUUAGUUUUGGAUGCUAAGUUGUCUGUUCCAGCAGUUAAUAAAAAUUUUUUGUUUUUAAGAACUAAAGCUGUUGAUUCAUAUGGUUCAUUGUUGAAGUUAGUGAAAAACUUGAUUAUUGAGUUUCAACAUUUUUUAUUUGGUUUUAAAAUAAGAUCUAAAAAAAAAAAUAAGAAGUCUAUUAGGGCGAUGUUGUAUUUUUUUUAUUUGAACAAGUAUAAAAGAAGGCCAGUAUUUUAUUCUCGCUAUAAAAAAAUUUUUAGGAGUUUUUUUUUAAGAAGAUUUAUAAAGGCUAAGCGUUAUAAGUUAUUUAAAAAUAAAUAUUUAAAGAGAUUAAAUUCAGUUAAUUUUACGAAUAUUUAUACAGUUUAUAAUAGGUUAUUAUCUAUUAGAAAAAAUUUAAUUAAUUCUUAUUUUACUAUUGACAGUGCCCGAGUUUUUGCUCAACUGACUAAGCCUAUGUCUGUUUUAUAUAGGUUAGGUGCUAAAUAUCAUAAGAUUAAGCACUUUAAUCCAGUUAUUAGUAAUUAUAUGUACUUUUUAAAAAAAAAUCAAUUUACUAAUGUAAUUAAAAAACGUUGGGUUAUAAUAACAAAUAAUUUUAAACGUCCACAGACUAUUGACUUAAAGUUUGACUUAAAUGAAUAUUUUACAGAAAGAGAAAUAGAUUAUUGGUUUACUGGAGGAAAAAGAAAAAAAAUAGUUAAUGGUAUUAGAAGGUUAAUUCGUCUUAUGAAAUCUACAGGGAAGCGUAAGUCAUUACCAAAAAGAUUUAAAAAAUAUAUGAAGCGUCAUAGAGUGGUUAAAAGAAAAAUAUAUUUACAGCUUCCUAAUAGAGUUGCGAAUUAUUAUGGGUUUUUAGAAAAAAGAUUUUUAAAUAGGGUUUAUAAGAUGGAUAUAUCUAAAACUAGGUAUAAAAGGUCAUAUGUCAAUAUAUUUAGUAAAUAUUUGUUUAUUAAUAGGUUGGAUGCUCAAUUGUUUAAUAUGCAUUUAUCUGACACUAUAUACCAUAGUAGACAAUUAGUAAAUAGAAAAUUUUUAAAUAUAAAUGAUAGGCAAAGCUUUAGAAAUGAAGUUUUAAGUGCUGGGGAUAUACUACAGUUUAAUCUUCCUUGGGUUUAUAAUUUUGUAUCGGAUUAUAAAUUUUUUAAAUUUUUUAGAAAAGUUAAUUUAUUAACUAAUUUUUCUGCGGUGUAUAAGCCCUCAUUCUACGGAUUAGAUGUAAUGCCAACAAAAACUGUAUUUAACUUAUCAUUAAUAAAUGUUGUUAAAAAAUUAGGUCGUAGGUAUUCUAGAAUAUUAAGAAGGGUGUCUAUGAGCAAGUAUAGUGCUAUGAUUAAGGCUAUAAUGUUUAAUAUUAAAUGGGCUUUAAAGCUACAAAUAAUUUCAUUAAAUUAUUUAAGUAAAUCAUCAUAUAAGUUAUUUAGAAAAGGUCAAGUUUCUGAUCAAUUAUAUAGUGAAGUAUAUAAUAAAAUGUUUAUUUUAACAGAAUCAAUUUUUAGGUUAAAACCUAAAAAUAUUAUUGGUAUGUAUAACAAUUCAUUAAAAUUACCAGCUCUUUUAAAUUUAUUAAAUUCGGGAGCUUCAGGCUUAAGGGCUGCUAGAAGAUUAUUGAGUGGAAUUAAGUUUAGAAGGUAUAAACGAAGACAUCGUUCUAGGACUACACUUAAUAAAUUGUUAUAUAAUAAAAGAAGAGGCAAAAGAAAAAGAAUUUCAUAUAGAUUACGUAGAAUUACUACUAAAAUAGUAUUUCGAGAUUUAUAUGCAAACAUUAAAAAAUAUUUAUCUAUUGAAUCUUUAAAGUCUGUUCGUUAUAAAUGGGCGCCUAGAUAUAACCGAAAAUUUAAACAAAGAUUAAUGAGAAGAAUUUACCAGCCUUCAUUAUUCAGUGUACCUACUAAUACUUGUAGAUUAGUAAAUAAAUCUAUUUACUGGCAUCUACUCCGUACUAGAGGAUACAUUAUUAAUGGGUGGUUUACUAAUAUAGUAGCUGAAUUCCUAUCAGCAAUAACAAAUUACUGUGAACUAGCUAUAAAUAAACAAGAAGUAGCUAUUUUACCAAAUAUACUUAAAAACAUAGAAUUUCAAAAAGGAUACAUUGAAUCUAUUAGCAACAAAUAUCUAAAAGCUAAAGAAUAUAGAAUUGUUAAGAUACUAAACUCUAUAUUAAAAUUACGCGUAAGAAUCAAAAAACAGCAUAGACGCAAAUUAAAAGUAAGGCUUAAAAAGAGAUACAAAAUUCUAAGCCAGAAACAAAAUAAGAAUAUUCUUAAAAAACCCCAAAUAGAUAAAUAUUUAACUAUUAAAAACUUAAGAAUUUAUAAAAGUAACAACCCUAAAAACAAAACAAAACAAAAUAUCAACAGUUUAGCCAAUCUUAUGCCGCACUUUAAAAAAGAUUACAAGGCUUUGUUAGGUCACCGUGUAGAUUUGUCUGGGGAGGUCCCUAGCACAAUCAUUCCUUAUAAAGAAGAACUAAAUAGAGCGUAUAAACCAAAUCAUGAUUAA